GGUCCGGGGACCACUACCCUGCCCUUCCCCUGUGCCUACCCGGAGGGAGCCCACCACCCGCUUUUGGCCCUUGGCGGCUGAGGGGGCACAGAGCGCUGCGUUUGGGGGUGACAGCUGGGCUGAGGGGUCCGAGGGGGUCGCGUCUCUGGAAGGAUGCCGAAAAGUCCCUAGUUCUGUCCGCGAGAACCCGAGCACCGGCUCCGUAAGGGACCAUCAUCGCCCGCCCUGCUCCCCGCGUCCUGCCACCAUCACGUGUGAGGGCCCUCCCCCAGCUUCCACGACCAAGGUCGGGAGCUCGAUUGCCUUCCCCUGGUCCAGGAGCCUGCCCAAGCCAGGAAUUGAUGAUCUGAAGAAAUGGAUACUUCUCCAUCCAAAAAAUACCCAGUUAAAAAACGGGUGAAAAUACAUCCCAACACAGUAAUGGUGAAGUAUACUUCUCAUUACCCCCAGCCUGGGGAUGACGGAUAUGAAGAAAUCAAUGAAGACUAUGGAAAUUUUAUGGAAGAAAAUCCAAAGAAAGGGCUGCUGAGUGAAAUGAAAAGGAAAGGAAGAACUUUCUUUGGAACCAUGGAUACUCCACCUCCACCAAGAGAAGACCCAAUGACCAGUGAGAUCGGAAACUUCCAGAGCUUUGCAGAAAAAAAUAUUUUCCAGUCCCGAAAAAUGUGGAUCGUGCUGUUUGGAUCUGCUUUGGCUCAUGGAUGUGUAGCUCUUAUCACUCGGCUUGUUUCUGACCGUUCUAAAGUCCCAUCUUUAGAACUGAUCUUUAUCCGUUCCGUCUUGCAGGUCUUUUCUGUGUUAGUCGUGUGUUACUAUCAGGAGGCUCCCUUCGGACCCAGUGGAUACAGAUUACGGCUCUUCUUUUAUGGUGUUUGCAAUGUCAUUUCUAUCACCUGUGCUUACACAUCAUUUUCAAUAGUUCCUCCCAGCAACGGGACCACAAUGUGGAGAGCCACAACCACAGUUUUCAGUGCUGUCUUGGCAUUUUUGCUUGUAGAUGAGAAAAUGGCUUAUGUCGACAUGGCUACCGUUGUUUGCAGCAUCCUAGGCGUUUGUCUUGUCAUGAUCCCCAACAUUGUGGAUGAAGACAACUCUUUGUUAAAUGCCUGGAAAGAAGCCUUUGGGUACACAAUGACUGUGAUGGCUGGCCUGACCACUGCUCUUUCUAUGAUAGUCUACAGAUCCAUCAGGGAGAAGGUCAGCAUGUGGACUGCAUUGUUUACCUUUGGUUGGACUGGAACAAUCUGGGGAGUGUCUACUAUGUUCGUUCUUCAGGAGCCCAUCAUCCCUUUAGAUGGAGAAACAUGGAGUUACCUCAUUGCUAUAUGCAUCUGUUCCACUGUGGCGUUCUUAGGAGUUUACUAUGCCUUAGACAAAUUCCACCCUGCUCUGGUCAGCACAGUGCAGCACCUGGAAAUCGUUGUAGCUAUGGUCUUACAGCUAUUAGUGCUACACAUAUUUCCUAGUGUCUAUGAUGUCUUUGGAGGAGUGAUCAUUAUGACUAGUGUAUUUGUCCUUGCUGGCUACAAACUCUACUGGAGAAAUGUAAGAAGGGAAGACUAUCAAGAAAUAUUAAACUCUCCUAUUAAAUGAAUACCAGUUGUUAUGAUCUUGUUAAUGUCUAGUUAUCAAUAUGUACACUGCCACUUUAAUAUUUAACUAUAGAUGUCCUUUGUGAUAUAAUUGACAGAGUGCUAUAUAAUGUAUAAUGAGCAGAUGCAGAAAAAUAUUCUAAUGAUUAUAUUCAAAUAUAAAUAUUAAACAUAUGAACUAUAUCAUGAA